AUGGACCUCGUCUUUGCCUUCGCACGUACCGCAGUCUCUACGGCCGAGUCCGCAUUACAGACCCUCGAUUGGGCGAGGAACCUUGUUACACAAAACUACCAGUUGCGCAAUCGAAUCGCCAACCUCGAAGCGACCAUCGAGACCCUUGAGGACGAGGCCAAGCGGCUACGCGCCAAGCUCCAGAAAACCGACGAGCUCUAUAUCAAGCAGUACCGUGAGAUGAUCUGCCUCGAUAACGAAGUUUCCUACCUGAAGACCGGAGCCAGUGCGACAUCCAGGGCCGCCCUGUUCAAGGACCUCGAGAAGGCUAAGACUUCUGCUGCUGCUGCGGUAGAGGAACGCAACCAGAUCCUGAAGGUCUUGCAGGGAGCUCGGCAGGCGCAACCUGAGGCGCUCCAGUUGCAGAACAUCCGCGGCUACAUUGAAAACGGCGAAGUCGCGGAGGUUAUCAUAAAGGACUUGGAAGCCCGGGACAACGUGAUCGCCGACUACGCUGCCAAGGUCGCUGACCUCACCAAACUGAUCGACAAGCAGCUGGACCUUAUCUCCGACCUGCGGAUCGAAGCCGAGAUUGCCCGUGAAAAGGCGCAGAAGGAGUGGUUGCAGCAGGCCUUGCGCCGCCUCGCUCCCGAAUUGGAGGCGAGUGCGUUUACAAGCGACACCAGCUCGGAUGAGCUCCAGGACGGGGAGGACUCCCACAGCGCGCCGAGCAACCCCGUCCUCAUCGGCAUCAACCAGCCCCUCCCGCGGGAGCCUAUCGACAUCGACCGCCUUAAUUACGACGUAAGCCGCCCAACAUCUGACGAGUCCCGCAAGCCCCAUGCGUGGCGCCGCAUGCGGGACGAGCAUGAGCGCUCCGUGCAGGAGGAGGCCGAGAAUGUGCGGUUCACUGUCGAGUAUGUGUCAAGAACUAAUGGUGUGUAG